UUGCUGAGCAGCAACGGAAUCCGCCUUCAAAAUGCCGCCCGCAGCCAAUCACGGGCCUUGUUACUGGGCGGUGAGCGGGGCACCGGGUGUUUCCAGGGUAACCGCCGCUGCUCUGGAAUUGUCUUGGCAUCGCCGUCGAAGUUAGUGAUCGAUAAACUAUUGCCCACGGUAUCACUGUCCAAGAUGGCUUCAAUUUGCCCAAGAAAAGAAGCAGCCCUUCAGCAGGCUAGGAAUAUAGAGUCCCAAAAUCAUAGGGAUGAAAUUUAUAAAGAAUUUCUUGAAAAAUUGAGUAAAGAAAAGUCUAUAUUGGCAAAAGUAAGGGCUGAUGAAAUGGCAUCACGAAAGCAAUUCCAAAGAAUUUUACAGGAGAUCGAACAGGAAAAAAUGAUGGAAGAAACAAUUAUGAAGGCAGAAAAGAGAAAAAUACUGAAGGCCAAGCAGUUGGAACAGGAGGAAAGGAUAGCCAAGGAGCUUGAAAGACUAAAGUAUGAGAAACUAAAAGAUGAAAAAAUGAGACAGCAAGUCCGAGAAAACAGUAUUGAGCUUCGUGAACUAGAAGCCAAGUUAAAGGCUGCUUACGUGAACAGAGAAAGAGCUGCGCAGAUAGCUGAAAAAGAAGCAGAUCGUUUUGAGAAGAUAAAACGUGAGGCUGAGCUUGCUAAAUUAAUGAAGAAGGAAAAUGAAAGAGCCAUAGUAGAGCGGGCCAAGGAAGAACAGAAACGCGUUGAACAAUCCGUGAGAUAUCAGAAGGAUCUUGGAAAACAAGUUGAUGAAAAUGAACAAAGGAGACAGGAAGAAUAUGAUGAAUUCCUAAAAGAUAAACUAAGGAUUGAUGAAAUUGUAAGGAAAAUCUAUGAUGAAGAUCAUAGGGAAAGGGAGCUGAAGAUGCAGAAGAUGAGGGAAACUCAGAGGUAUGUUGAGGAGUUCCAGAAGCAGCGAGCUGAAUGGAAACAAAUGGAACGGGAAAAAAUGGAAGCCGAGAACAGAAAGAUUUUGGAGUUUGCCAAUGCACAAAAGAGCAGAGAGGAUGAACGGAUGGCAAGAGUUCGAGAACAAGAUGAUCAUAAAGAAAUGCUGUACCAAAAGCUUGCUGCAGAAAUUGAAAAACAACAGCACGAACGUGAAGAUAUGGAAAAUGUCCGUCAAGAAUUGUACCUUGAAAAAGUGGAAGAAGCUCAUAGACAGCAACAAAUUGCAGAGAUGGAAAAGCAAAUUCGUCAACGGCUUGAAUUACAAAAGACAUACCAAGAGCAAUUGGCUUUCAAACAGAAGCGCCUACAGGCAGAGAAGGAGGAAGAAGAUGAGCUACGGAGAAAGAUGUUGGCCAAACUUGCCGAGGAUGACCGUAUUGAGCAGAUGAAUGCACAGAAACGGCGUAUGAAACAGCUUGAACAUAAGAGGGCUGUGGAGGAAAUCCUUGCAGAUCGACGCGAACAAUUUGAAAAUAACAGAAAACGAGAACUUGAAGCACGCCAGCAAGAAGAGAAGAGGGAGGCAGCUCUUCAGGCUGUAAUUGAGGAAGAAAGGCAGAAACUUCUCAAACUGCAUGCCAGUAAGCUGCUUGGUUACCUUCCAAAGGGGAUAUUUAAAGAUGAACAUGACCUUGAUCUGUUUGAUAAUGCCUUCAAAGAGACUUUCAAGAAAGGAAAUGCCAAUCUGUCUUCAGAUGAAGGGUGGAAUUGUCAGACCUGAUCCCAUUGUCGUAUUACAUUUCGUACAACCACAACCUACGUAGCCAUCUCAAACAGCUCAGUUGCACUUGGAUAUAAAAUUAUAUUGAUUCCUAUUUAAUCGCAGUUGAAAUGUAUCUGAUAUGAAUAUUGAAAGCAUAUAUCAUAAAUAUUAUGAAUAAAGUUUAAUUACAAUAAAAAUGUUUUAAAAGAAGUGGAAUAUAGCAUAAUAAAUAUUGGUUUUGAAGUUGAUGGGGAAUUACUGGAAUCCAAGGAAGUUUGAAAAAAAAUUCAUACGUGCAAUAUAUUGUCUUAUGGUCAACUAUCAGCUUAACUGAAAGCAUAGAGUGGAGGAAAAAUAUGCACACAUUCUGGACCAGUGGAGUAACAGAAGUUCGCACUAGAGGUAGCUUAAUCAUUGACUUCUCUUUGAAUGAUCUAAAUCCUCUCACAUACUUUGAGUUUUGAGAUCAGCAUAACUAAUUCCAUGUGUCUGCCUAGUCCAAAACAUGUUAAAAUUACAUAAAGCAGUGCCUUGUAUCUUCACACAGUGCUACAAUUGUUACAAGAAUUGAUUUAAUCUGUGAGAGGAAGAGAUUUAUUAAAUUCAGAUUGAGUCAUGGCAUAUUGCAGCUGCUUGCAUUGAAAAAUUGAUAUGAACUGCACAACGUAGGUGAUCUACAUUUGGAUUAUAUUGCAAGAAAUCAGAACAAAUUGACAUUCAUUCCUAUCAAUACAGGAAUUUGUUAACCACAACAAAAUCAAUCUCAUAACUGUGUAGGUGAUGCUUAUCUGUGAUGUGCUACAGAAUAGAAAAAUCGGUUUACAGUGAUCAAGAAAUGGCCAUACUGAUUUCUGCAUCUUUGGCAUUUCGAGAAAAAUGGAAUAGAUGUUUCCUCUGAUCACUAGGCUAACUAAGUGUCCAACCCAUUAUUAACAGUUGUUUGGUGAAUUUAGUUGUAAAAAGGCUUGCUGGUCACUGCCACCGCAACCCACAAAUGCCAACAAACAAGGUUGUGAUGUGGGAACCCACCCAUGAAAGACGUGACCCGGGACGGACCAUCAAGAUGAUGCUGAAGACGUUACUGAGAGACUCAUGUAGAGACAAAAGAGGGGCUUGCCAGCUGCAUGGAGAACAGAGAUGUGUGGUGCGUCCAUCACCGUUCCCGUCGGAAACCAGAACCACUGCGUCGCUAAUGUUUUCAACGAUUAUAAUGAUGGUGAGUUGUAAAA